AUGGAAGGUGAGCCAAACACAUUAACACCAGUUCAUGCAAAAACAAUACUGAUGACGUGUAUCAAGAGUAAACUAUCUCUACCUGCCAACGCCUCGCCACUGGAACCUUCCAACAACAAAGAUGCCCCCAAGCUCGGCCUCUUUUCGUACCCAGUCCUCCAAGCAGCCGACAUCCUACUAUACAACACGACGCACGUCCCCGUCGGCGAAGACCAGGCCCAACAUCUGGAAUUGACACGGGAGCUAGCGAUCGGCUUUAACCACUCGUACUCAUCCAACUCGUCGCCCGGACCCUUGUUGACCGUGCCGCAAACACUUCUCAGCCCCGCCAAGCGCGUCAUGAGCUUGACUGAUCCAACUAAGAAAAUGAGCAAGAGCGACCCCAAGCCCAAGAGCCGGAUACUCAUCACCGAUUCAAAGGACGUGAUACACAACAAGCUGCGGACAGCACUUACUGACUCCAUUGAGGGUGUGAGCUAUGAUCCGGAGAAGAGGCCGGGUGUGUCCAACCUGGUCGACUUGCUGUAUCAUUUUGAUGACUCGGUGGCUGCAUCACCGGAAGAGUUGGCCGGUGAAUUGAAAGAUUUGAGUAUGAGGGCGUUGAAGGAGAAGGUUGCGGAUACGGUGGAGGUGGGGAUCAGGGAUAUAAGAGAACGAUACAAGAGUUUGAUGGAUGGGGAUCAGAAAGAGCUUGUGGAGCACGCCGAAGAGGGGGCAAGACGGGCGGAGGAGAUAGCUGAGGCGACAAUGAAGCGCGUGCGCGAGGCUAUGGGCAUGGGUUGGUAG